UUGGCCCGACAAGCUCACGUUGGGACAUGUGGAAGGAUCAAUUCAGUGCGUAUCUCGCACUGAAGAACGUAUGUGAUCACGAGGAAAUGUUCCGAGCUUUAAUGUGCUUCGGAGGGCCAGACGUACGGAAAAUUGCUCAAAAUGUUUCUCUACCGGACGGUAACAUAAUGGACAAUCGGUAUCGAUUAGCAAUGGACGCUUUGGACGGCUAUUACGCUCCUCGUAUGUCUCUGCGGUAUGAGCGAUUUAAAUUUAGGCAAAUGAAAUUUGACCCGCAUGAAAAGCUAGACCAUUUCGUCAUCCGUCUGCGAUCUCAAGCAGCACUAUGCAAUUUUGAUGAGCAACUUGAGCAAAUGUUAAUGGACCAAAUUGUUUUCGCUACGCAAAAUGACGAUAAAUUGCGUGCGAAAUAUCUCGAAGUAGACGUCUGUCUGGAUGAUAUGCUGAAAAUUGGUAGAACUUACUAUUCAGUGAAAGCUCAGGUUCAAGAGCUCCGUGGAAAAACCGACGACGUUGGAGAUUUGAAUGUUAUGGAUACUGCCAAUCAAACUGCAGACAAACAGGUGAGGACAUGUUUCAGAUGCCUUGGAAAUCAUUUCGCCAAAGAUCCAGGAUGCCCAGCACGUUCAUCGCGGUGCAAUAAGUGCAAGUCAAAGGGACAUUUCGCUCCAUGUUGUGAUCGUUUUCAGAAAUUUUUCAAACAACGACCAAGAUUUACCAACACAAGAAAACAAGAAACUGGUGAAAAUAUUCGUCGUUUUGACAAGAAACCUAAGUUUAUUCACGAGAUCGAAAACGUUACAAAGCCAGUUGAAAUUCGAGAAUUGUUUCAUCUAAAUGGUAAACGGUUGAUUCAAGCCACCGUAGGUGGCGCUGCCCUUCAGUUCGUCGUUGACACAGGUGCUGACGAAGAUGUUCUGAGUGAAGCUGAUUGGAACACCUUGAAACAAGUUGGUUUCGAAGCGUUUGGAGCUCGACGUGGAAGUAACAAGGUUUUCAACGCGUAUGGAUCGAACAAACCGCUACAAGUGCUAGGAGAAGUUGAUGUGAAAAUUCAAAUAGAUGGAAGUUCCUGCUAUACUACAUUCUAUGUCAUCAAGGGUGGCAAAUGUUCUUUGCUAUCGGGCAGCAGCGCGGAAAAGCUUGGUGUGGUAAAAUUUCUCAGAACAUUGUCCGCUGAUACUUUACCUGUAAUUAAAGAUUUUUGCGCAUCAAUCAAAAUUGAUAGAGCAGUACCGCCUGUCCAACAGUCCUAUCGUCGGAUUCCAGUUUCUUUAGAAGAGUUAGCUCUUUUGAAACUUAAGGAGUUAGAAAAGCAGGACGUAAUCGAACGUGUGCAGGGUGCAUCUGAAUGGGUUUCCCCAAUGAUAGUGAAAAGGAAAAGUGCGAAUGAAGUAAGAAUUAUUAUUGAUUUGCGAGAAGCCAACAAAGCGAUUAUUAGGGAGAUUCAUCCGCUUCCAACUAUGGAACAAAUGGUUUGCCGAUUGCGUGGAAGUAAAGUUUUCACUAAAUUGGACAUAAAGCAAGCAUUCCACCAACUCACAUUGCGGGAAGACUGCCGAUAUAUAACGACAUUCAUCUCUCCUUUGGGUUUGAUGAGAUAUAAGCGUUUAGUUUUCGGUUUAUCAGCAGCUCCUGAGCUUUUUCAAAAAUGUAUGGAAGCAAUAUUGGGCGAUUUACCAUGGAUUAUUGUGUACAUUGAUGAUAUUUUGAUCCGUGCUCCAGAUAUUGUAACAUUAAAGGUAUUACAUUCAUUUAUGAAAUAAUCAAUCAUACUGAAAAUUUUAACAUAUAUUCUUUUAGAUACGAACACAGAUCGUUAAAAAUCGCUUAGCUGAGAAAAACAUAAUGUUGAAUGAAUCUAAAACUAUAGAAUGUGUAACACAGAUAGACUUCCUUGGCUAUAAUCUAUCGGCAGAAGGUAUACAGGUUUCCAACGAAAAGUUACAAACUAUCAAGAAUUUUAGACAACCACGAUCUGCAGAAGAAAUACGCAGUUUCCUCGGAUUGGUGACAUUUGUUAAUCGUCACAUUCCCAAUAUGUCUUCUAUCGCGAACCCUUUAGUAGCUUUAACAAAGAAAGGUACAACUUUCAUUUGGAACGACAAACAUCAAAAAGCUUUUGAUCUAUUGAAAAGUAGUUUGCUUAAAGAGGAGACUUUAGCUUAUUUCAACCCUGAUUUGGAGACAUUUGUAGUCGCAGAUGCAAGUCCAGUUGGAUUGGGCGCGGUCUUGUUUCAGC